AUGGCGUGCACAGAUACUGAAACUGGUGGCAUCGCAAAUGAAAAUUCACCCUAUCAUAGGAUGCCUACUUCUGCAAGCAUUCUCGAAGGCCUUAAUUCAAUAACCACUAUAGCGAAUAACAUAAUCACAACCAUAUCGGCUGGCAGAAGUGUGACAUCAGACAGCAAAAAAGCGAUUAUAGAAAUGGCGCAUGAUAUUAACAGAAUCAUAAGAGAAACACAAAUAAAAACUGAAUAUACGGCAAGUAUUAUAGAGGUUAAAGAGUCGCUGCAAAAUACUAUUAAGGAAGAGAUUUCCAAACUCUCGAUACGCACUCAAACCAAAUCCUAUGCGAGUGUUGCUUCUACUCCUCGUCCUCCGCUGAGCAAUCCAGCACCCACACAUGCAUCAAAACCGGCUAUUAUUGUCACUCCUACUAAUAAAGUUAAUUCUCGACAAGAAGUUAUCGAAUCAUGGCGCAAGAGUAUCUGUUUUAAGAGUUGUAAUUAUGCACCCUCCAAAUUGCAAGUCAUAUCAAAUAAUAAACUUCGAGUAGAAUUCGAUACAUGCUCCCAGAGGGACGACGCUUUAGAACGUUUGAAAUCUGCUACAACAGUUAACGCUGAAGCCGCGCGCAAAAUGAACCCUAUGGUCAUCUUAAAGGGCUUAUCAAAUGACGUCCCAUCAGAAGAGUUAGUCAGUAUCAUCACAGGGCAAAACGACGAAUUACGGGACCUCAUAAAUAAUACGGACGACGCUCUUUGCUUACGUUUUAAGAGGAAAAACAAAAACCCUAAAUUAUAUAACGCAGUUUUCUUAUGCAAUCCUACGAUAUGGCGCAAAAUAAUGGAUUCCGGAAGAAUAAACGUUGAUCAUCAACGUAUACAUGUCGAAAAUUUUUGCCCAUUUAUUCAGUGCUUUAGCUGUCUUCAGUUUGGACACGUUCAAGGCAAGUGCACCAAUAAUAUCCAUCCCUGCUCGCACUGUGCAGCAGGAAAUCACACAUACACAAACUGUCCAAAUAAGGCGAAUAAAUCGGCUACUACGUGCUACAACUGCCAAAUGCAUAAUAAUAAGUUCAAUACCAAAUUUGACACACAACAUGCAGCAACUUCCUUUUCCUGUCCUAGAGUCAAAGCCAUGAAAGAGCGUAUAAACCAGCGAAUCGACUAUGGAUCAAACAAAUAA